AAACAAACACAAGUGACUGUGUUUAUAUUGAUCAGGAAUAUUCUUCACAACUACAGUAACUGGAGGAGUCAUAUAGUAGUUUUGCCAGUAAAUAAGUUCCAAGAACUUAAGGUACAAGAAAUAUACUCAUGAUGGUGUUUCAAGAAAGAUGCUGAAGAGCACAUAGGCCUAGUGAAGUGGAUCUGUCCCCUCUACAAGAAGAACUGUCCGGUAAAUAAGAGCUGAAGGAUGUUGUGGGAAGACAGAGAUGUUCGCUUUGAUAUUACUCCCCAUAUGUCAUGGGUUCAAGUCCUGCUUGGCUCAGACAGAUGUGGAAAGGAUGUUAUCCAGUGUGACCCUACCGAACAUCACUGGUUUCCUCUAGACAGAUGAGAGUGAGGUCUGGGGAGCGAAUGAUUGACAAAUUAGAAUCCAUUGAAGACACUAAAGGGAAUUCAGGAGACCGUGGUCGACUUGUCAUUACAAACUUGCGGUUAAUCUGGCACUCCCUGACCAUGCCUCGGGUAUCACUAUCUGUUGGGUUCAACUGCAUCAUAAAUAUUACAACAAAAACAGUGAAUUCAAAACUUAGGGGGCUAACAGAGGCUCUCUAUAUUCUCACUAAAGCAAAUAAUACAAGAUUUGAGUUCAUCUUUACAAACCUUAUCCCUGGAACCCCAAGACUCUUCACAUCAGUAAAUGGAGUGUAUAAAGCUUACACCUCCUCUAAGAUGUAUCGUGAAUUGAAGCUACGUGGUGCCAUCAUUCAGAAUAAGCAGCUGAGGAUUUUACCUCAAGAACAAAUAUUUUCACGUGUUAAUGGUGUAUGGAACCUUUCCAGUGACCAGGGUAACUUAGGAACCUUCAUCAUCACCAAUGUACGGCUCGUGUGGUUUGCUAACAUGAAUGAAUUGUUCAAUAUAUCUCUCCCUUAUCUACAAAUAGCAUCUGUAAAAGUUCGUGAAUCAAAGUUUGGGAUGGCAUUGGUUGUAGAGAGUUCAGAGGCAAGCGGAGGAUAUGUGCUGGGAUUCAGAAUUGAUCCAGUGGAGAAGCUACAUGAGGUUCACAAAGAAAUCUCUGCCCUGUAUAGUGUGUAUUCCCAGUGCCCAGUAUUUGGAGUGGAGUUUGUCUUGCAGGAUAAGUUUCUUCUAGAUUUGGGUGGUUACAAUAUGAACACAAUACCUCGAGCCUUUUUACUGGUCAGUGCAGGCCAGCCAAACAUAGAUGAUGAGCAGCUGGAAUUACCAAUGGAAGAUGAAACUGAGAUAGACGAGAGUGUGAAUGACACAGCUGAUGUGUUGGCAGCGUACCUGGCAGAUGGUCAUCACCACGACCGGGAACCUGUCUUUUCCCCUGAACUAGGAUUGGCAAUUGAGAAACUGAAGGAAGGCUACACCUUACAAACUUUGUGGGAAGUUCUACCAAGCUGAACGCUCUUGUACCUUUGUUUUGUGAACCUCAGUUUUGUAGUGUGCAUAAUGUAAUGUACAUGUAUUUUUAUGAGGAAUUGUUGUUAGAAAUUUGAGAAGUAUAUAUGCACUAAACAGUACUUAAUACUACAACUUGCUUAGUUAGAUAAAAAAAAUGUACCCCAGUAGCAAAUUUUAGCUUGAAAUUUUUGUAUGUUUACACUCAAUGACCAACUUACAUAGUUAAAGCAGAUGGUACAUGAACCAAGACACUAAGAAUUUAAGAUUUCGUAAUACCUGUACUGUAUUCAUUUGUGCUUGUAUCCCUGUACAGUACAGUACUUGUCCCAUAAUGCUGUUUCACUUUCUGCUUCUUACUAUACUGUGCUGUACUUAUUUACUCUUUAAUUCUUGCUUAAUAUUUAUUUAUUCCUACCUCUUAUUUACUACCAAUGUACAGGCACUUCAUACUACUAUUGGUUCAGUUACUCAUAGUAAUCUCUCUGUUAGCCAGAAUUUUUGAUCCCAGAACUCUUCAGUAGCCUUUUUUUUUCUUUUUACUUUUUUUUUUUU